CAACAAAAGAGAUGAGCUUUUCUAAAAUACCAAAACAAAGCGAGUUUGCUCCAAAGGAAACACACACCAACAACAGCAACAAUUUUGACCAGAGAAUUGACGCUAUUAGACAACGAAACAUUAUUGAUUCUAAAUUUGGAUAUGAAUUAUAUACUGAAUGUUGCCCAAAAAAUGGAUGGCUUGUUAAUGUUCAACAGUCGGAAGUUGUUGAUGAAAAAACAAAAGUAAUCCAGUCUGUUGUAAAUUUUUAUUUUUUGGAGUCUUGUGGAGGUCGUUUUAAGAUUUCCUAUCUCUUCCGUCCUUAUCUCUACUUGGAAACUGUUCCAGGAAGUGAAUUUGCUGUAGCUGAAUUUAUUUCCAAAAAAUAUCAUUUUGUUCAAGUUGAACAUGUUGAGAAGGAAAAUCUUGAUUUGGUAUGA